AUGCCAGGUUUUGUUGGCAAAUUUCUCACAAAUUUGUGCAUUCUUGCUGGUGUAGGCGAUAACAGUGAAGUUCAUGAUGCUAACAAAAUAUUUGCAGCACCUCUUCCUCAGCAGUUGCAACAACAGUCGCAACAACAGGCCAUUCCAAACACCGAGUCUGCAAUGGAUCCGGAUGUCCAACAAGUCAUGGUUGAUAUACUCAAUAUUACCAAUCCCGGAGUGAAAGAUCCCAGAAAAGUGCGCAUCCAUGACUUGCCUAAUCUCAGGGUAAAAAUCGAGAAUUGUAAACCAAAGGGUAUGGACGAAGAAAUUGCUGACAUCAGCCGCAACAUUGUGAACGCCAAAGAAGCCGAUACACCUGCAAAUUCGUAUUUUCACCAUAUCACCAGACAGGUUUACAAGAAGGUUCGUACCCCUUCCCACAUCUGGUUUGCUAUCCGAUACCUUUUCACAGUCCUGGAUAAAGUUGAAUUUCUACUGCAAAACGACUCUAAGAAAACCACUGCUUUGCCAUAUUAUGCUGACUAUCUUCGCAUCGUUCUCUGUUGGGCCUGCAGGACAUACAUGCAAAACCCAAAUGAUUCAGUGUUUUUAAAAAAAUUCAUUUACGCAAUGUCACACGGCAAUGCAAUCCUUUCAAAGCGUGAUGGGAAUAAACAAUCCGCUGAAAAAGACAAGGACGUGCAAAAAAGUAGCACGAAAAAGAAUAAGCAAAAUAGUGGGAACAAUGAACAAGGUACCACAAAAAAGAGGAAGAAAACCGUGAACCGUGAUUUUGCCGAAUCUGUUGCAAAAGUAGUUGAUAUCGACUUUAUUGCAACAACCAACACGGAGCCUGUCACCAACACGGAGCCUGUCACCAACACGGAGCCUGUCACCAACACGGAGCCUGUCACCAACACGGAGCCUGUCAUCAACACGGAGCCUGUCACCAACACGGAGCCUGUCACCAACACGGAGUCUGCCUUCGACACAGAUUCUGCCUCCGACACAGAUUCUGGUGCCUCUUUCUUGGAGUUGGAGGAGGAUGACGAGGAGUAG